UUUGUGAGUGGGAUGAUGCGUAGGCGCGUCUUAAAUGAGAACCUACACGAAUGUGUGAUCCAUUCAUUUCACUUCCCUGAGAGCGAUCGGUUGCGUGAGGAGCUUCUGCAAGAGGAUAGCUAUAUAAGGCAAAGGACAAGCAAGAUGAUUCUGAUAUUGCUGACACUUCUGCCAUUCACGAGUGGCUCUGCCAUUGAAGAAAUGACUGGCUAUAUUCAAGAGGAUAUACUUUUACCUUGUAAUUGCUCAGGAGACCUUAAAGACCUGGUGUGGCAGAGAGAACUAAGAGUGGUGAAUGUUUAUCCAGAAGAUAAAAGCAACAUUGACCCUUCAUACUUGGGUAGAACAGAGCUCUUCCUGAAGAACCAGAAGAAAAACUGUUCUCUGUUGCUCCUAAACAUUUCUGUGGAGGACACAGGAGUUUAUACCUGUUAUCGCAUAAUCAGUGUUGACACUGGUGUUUCAACAAUGAGCCAAUUUCAAGUUAAUCUAACAGUGUCUGAAAAGCCCUUUGGACUAGGUCACCAGAUUAAACCUGCAGAUGAAUCUAGUACAGCUGUCUCUAUUAGUGUUCCCAUACUAGUCAUGGCUGCAUUAUUGGCUGCUGUGCUGCUGGUCCUACUGUUCAGAAGACGACAUCGGAGAAACAAUGACACUUAUGUACCAGCCCCAGAUCAAAUGUUAGAAGAAGCGUGACCUGGCAUGGAAGUAUAAUGGACUAAGUUGUAAAUGUGGGAUUCUUUACCACAACAUGAACAGUAUGAGGCCUGAGGCAUGAAUAUAUGCCUUUAAAUAUGGGCAUUACGAAGUGGUGGAUACUGUGUCGAGACGACCGUCGUAAUGUCUUCAGUUGUAGCACUGUUACUUGACUACCACUGAAUUGUGAAUACACUGUGAAUAUUGUAAGCAUUACAGUUUUGUAAAUUGGAAAGAUUCUUCUUGUAGGAAUCGUCUUUAUUCAUUCUUUGAAGAACGGAAGGAACAGGUGGAGGAUGUGCAGAUGAGGCAAAUAGGUGGUCUUAGUUUUAGGCUUUUCAGAUCACUUUGUUUAUUAUUCGUAACCAUACUGCAGUCAUUUAUUAAGCACACAUCAUGUAAGCAUCUUUACAUUUACUCCUGUAUAGGUUUUCAUUUUGUGGAAGAAAUUUAUAGCACUCCCUAUGGGAAAUGUUUGCUUUUUUUACUGUAUUUAAUUUCAUUUACUUUUAAAUGAAUUCUGUGCUUCAAACCUGCUGAGGCAAUAAACUUUUCACAUAUA